AUGUCCGAAAAACUUACUCGUGUAGCUAUCGUCUCUGAUGAUAAGUGCAAACCUAAGAAAUGUCGACAAGAAUGUAAACGAUCUUGUCCCGUAGUGAAGAUGGGGAAACUGUGUAUUGAAGUGAAUCCCACCGAUAAGAAAGCUUUCAUCUCUGAAGAAUUGUGUAUUGGUUGUGGUAUCUGUGUGAAGAAAUGUCCAUUCGAAGCUAUCCAGAUUCUCAACUUGCCAACCAAUUUGCAAUCUCACGUCACUCAUCGAUACAACGCCAACGCAUUCAAACUACAUCGAUUACCUACACCUCGUCCGGGACAAGUAUUAGGAUUAGUAGGAACGAAUGGUAUUGGAAAGUCUACUGCGUUGAAAGUAUUGUCGGGCAAAUUGAAGCCUAAUUUAGGUAGAUACGAUGAUCCACCUGAAUGGGUUGAGAUUUUGAAAUAUUUCAGAGGAUCAGAAUUACAAAAUUUCUUCACGAAAGUAUUAGAAGACGAUAUCAAAGCUGUAACUAAACCACAAUAUGUUGAUCAAAUUCCAAGAUCAAUCAAAGUCCCAGGAAUGACAGUUGGUAAAAUGUUUGACAAACAAUCCGAAUUACCUAAUAGACAACAAUUAGAAGAAGAUUUGGAAUUGACACAUUUACAAGAAAGAGAAGUUGGUCAAUUAUCAGGUGGAGAAUUACAAAGAUUCGCUAUUGCGAUUGCAGGUGUUAGAAAAGCGGAUAUUUACAUGUUCGACGAACCUUCUUCGUAUCUCGAUAUCAGACAACGUAUCGCUGCUGCAAGAGUAAUUAGAGGUUUAGUAACCCCCACAAAUUACGUUAUCGUCGUAGAGCACGAUUUGGCUACUUUGGAUUAUUUAUCAGAUUUCAUUUGUGUACUGUAUGGUGUACCCGGUACUUAUGGUGUAGUCACUAUGCCUUACUCAGUUCGAGAAGGUAUCAACAUCUUCCUCGACGGUAUGAUUCCGACCGAAAAUCUUCGAUUCAGAGACGAAUCAUUGACAUUCAAAAUCGCCGAAACUGUUGAUGAAAUGCUUGCACCUAAAAUGAAAACAUAUCAAUAUCCUAAUAUGACCAAAACCUUGGGUGGAUUCAAGCUGCAGGUCAAAUCAGGUUCAUUCUCAGAUUCCGAAAUUAUCGUACUUUUGGGUGAAAAUGGUAUGGGUAAAACUACAUUAGUCCAAUUGUUAGGUGGCAAGAUGGAUCCGGAUGACGUGAAAGACAAGAUCGAAUUAAGAGUUUCAAUGAAACCUCAAACUAUCUCUCCCAAAUUCCCUGGUUCAGUUCGAAUGUUAUUGUUGAAGAGAAUCAAGGCAAUGUUCAUGCACCCUCAAUUCAUUAGUGAUGUUCUCAAACCCAUGAACCUGGAACCAAUCAUGGAUCAAGAUGUACAAACCUUAUCCGGAGGAGAGUUGCAAAGAGUUGCCAUUGUUCUCGUAUUGGGUGUACCCGCCGAUGUCCUGCUUAUCGAUGAACCCUCGGCUUACUUGGAUUCCGAACAACGUAUUUUGGCUUCCAAGGUCAUCAAGAAGUUUGUUAUGGGUUCAAAGCGAACUGCUUUCAUCGUCGAGCACGAUUUCAUCAUGGCAACUUAUCUUGCCGACCGAGUUAUCUUGUUCGAAGGUACACCUGGUAAAGAAUCCACGGCCAACAAGCCUGAGGGUUUGAUGACUGGUAUGAACAAGUUCUUGAAAUCGUUGGACAUCACAUUCCGAAGAGAUCCCACCAAUUUCCGACCACGUAUCAACAAGAUGGAUUCGCUCAAAGACAAAGAACAGAAAUCAUCUGGAUCAUACUUCUUCGUUGACACUGAUUAA